GCGAGACCUGACGUUAAACAAAUCCGCUAUUGACGCAUGCCAGCUUCCCCCGCACGGCAUGUCUGACCUCAUCCGGUGUCUUCCCAAAUCCCGCCGAGGUCUAGUACUUUGGAGUUCCAUUCCAUCAGUAACAGCCUCGGUCAAUUGAUUCCUUUCAAUUGAUCCUCUUGAGGAGUUCUAUCCCCAACCUUGUUCGCGUUACCAUUUCACCUAUCUCAUGGGUCUACUACCCCAGCCGCCUCAAGAUCCUUACUGUAACUAGCAGGGUUAUAUCUCGCAUUCACAUCAUCAUGCCCCAGAAACUUACUCUGGGAGUAGCUCAAUCCCACACCCUCUCGACCCUCUCCGAGACUCUCGCUGCCCUUGAGCGGAUCACACGCCAUGCGGCCUCUCGUGGUGUUGAUCUCCUCCUAUUCCCAGAGGCCUAUCUAGGCGGCUAUCCCCGGACAUGCGACUUCGGAGCCAGCGUUGGAGCGCGCGCUGCACACGGCCGGGACCAAUUCCUACAGUACUUCCGGUCAGCAGUCGAUUUAGGCGACACACCUACCGGGGCUGGGGAUGAUUGGGUGAAUAGGAAAUUACCAGUCGCGAAGGGAAGAGAGAGUCGAGGAGAUGGAACGAGAGAGUUCCUUGAGAGAGUCGCGAGAGAGACGGGAGUCUUUCUUGCUGUGGGAUUGAUUGAGAAAGCCGGUGGUAGUUUGUAUUGUGCUUUAGUAUACAUCGAUCCUAUCAGGGGAGUAUUGGGGAAGAGGAGAAAAGUCAUGCCUACCGGAUCAGAGCGCUUGAUAUGGGCUCAAGGCUCCCCGUCGACAUUGAAAGCAGUUACAACAGAAAUCCGCGGCGUCAAACUCAUAAUCGGCGGAGCUAUCUGCUGGGAAAACUUCAUGCCUCUUCUCCGACAGAGCCUCUACUCACAGAAUGUGAAUCUAUAUCUCGCUCCCACAGCAGAUGGAAGAGAUACAUGGCUCCCCUUGAUGCGAACCGUCGGGUUUGAGGGUCGCGCUGUUGUUCUCUCUGCGAAUCAAUGCCUCAGACGGAAUGAUCUCCCAGACUGGAUUCGAGGAAGCAGUGCCGCUCCUACUGCUAAUGGACGUCCUAUCUCAACGGCAGCGCAGAGAAAGAAGUCUAUCACAGCAGAAGGACCGCAUGAGAUUGUAUGGCCUCAAUCACCAGGUUCUCAGCUCCAUCCGGAUAAAGAGCUCGAUCGAAAGGCAGAGGAUACGAGCGUUGCAGUAGAAACUGGGGACGGCGUCGCCACACCCAAACCACAAGGUGGAUUCCCCAUAGGAAAGGAAAAUGCGCCAGAGACUGAUCCCACAAACCCAUACGUCUCCCACGGCGGCUCCUGCAUUAUCAGUCCCUUGGGCGAAGUUCUCGGGGGUCCCAUCUGGGAUGUCUCGACAGAAGACCCUCCUAUCAACGUCGACGACGUCGAUAAAUCAGCCAUUGGCGACGGUCUGCUCAUUUCUGAGGUUGACUUCGACGACUGCGAGCGGGGUCGAUUGGAUCUUGAUGUCGCGGGGAGUUACUCGCGCAAUGACGCUUUCAAGUUAACUGUGGAAGGGCUGAGUUUGGAUCCGCCUCCUUUUUAGGAAUGUGUGUCCUUCUUUCCUUCAUGUAGGCAGUUGGUCUAUGUUGAAGCUAGGCACGUAUAUGUACAUAUGUUUUAUGUUCAGUACGUGUGUGAAAUUAUGAAGAAAACGGCUUUCUAAAGAGCUAUAUAAUGCGCUGCACAAAAUAUCAACAAGUUCAUAAACCCAGACAAUAGACGUGAGCUUUGCACGUUCAUACUGUCAUAUCUCGGACAUUUCACAUCCACCCAUCAUCAUGAAUAUGAUCUAACACCUCCUGGGCAUAAGCUACCAAUGAGGAC